AUGCAAACUCCAAAAUUGAACUCAAAACCUUCGUAUUGUGAGGCACAUGCACUAACCCCUGAACCACCGUGCUGCCCCCCCAGUGGAAUUUAAUAACUUAAAUAUUUUUUACGCUUGAGGCACAUUUUGUCAUAAAACAUAACUCACGCACAUACCGUAAUACACCACAUUUCCUUUCACGAGGGCGACAUUUUUGAGCAAAACAAUGCAUUAAUGAUUAACCGACAAGAGUUUCUGUUUGCCCCUUUUAUGCUGCUAUUACGGUAAUUGAGGGCGUCGCUAACCCGGAAAAGAGGCAGCCAUUACUAGGUCAAGCUAGCUUAGCCACACGUCCGUCUACCUAAACAACAAUAACAUUUUAUGUUACAGGUAUAACAUAGCUACAACAUGAUGGCUUAAAUAAUAAGACAACAAUGAAUUCAGGUGCACGCUUGAAGGCCAAUGUCGCUUCGAAGAACAUGAUAUCAUUUAAGCUAAUGUAGCUAGCUCGUAGGUAAACAUCACACCUGAUGUAAAGAUGGCAGAUUCAUCGCCGCUAUCAGGGGUGAACGUGGUGUUGGUGAUGGCCUAUGGCAGCUUGGUGUUCGUGCUGCUCUUCAUCUUCGUUAAAAGGCAAAUUAUGCGCUUUGCCAUGAGAUCACGCCGCGGCCCUCACGCACCAAUCGGCCACAACGCGCCCAAGGGUUUGCGUGAGGACAUCGACUCCAGCCUGUCCAAAGUUCACGAGAUCCGGUUCGAACCUCGGCUUCUUCUAGAAGAAGACGCCAGGCUGGGGCAUGAAUCACAAAUGAGUUGCUAUAACUACCUGUAUCGAAUGAAAGCCCUGGAUGCCAUUCGUGACUCAGGUAUUCCACUGCAGGACAUAUGCAACACUCCCACUGCCUUCACGGGGAGAAACUUCCGGAACUGGCUGCUGGAGCUUCGAAAUUCCCACUCCCUGAUCAAGAGCAGCCGGAGCGCGCUGAUCGAGCGCCUGCUGGAGGGCUACGACAGUGCCCGCCAUGGCACCGGGGUGUUUGGAGAAGCAGAAUUCCUUGAAUACCAGCAGGCGCUCAAUGAAUUAGCUGAUGUUGUGAAGGCCUACUCCAGCAGCACCAGCCUGGACCAGCACCACCAGUUGGCAGCCAAAGACCUGACAGGUUCCACGGCCCGUAACACCCCGUCCACCAUCCAGGUCACCUACCUGCCCUCGGCCGGGCCGCGCAGCAAGAGGCCCAAGCACUUCCUGGAGCUGAAGAGCUUCAAGGACAACUACAACACGCUGGAGAGCACUUUGUGACGCCGUGUUUUCUUGACUUGUACAAUGCAACCUCGCUAGCCGCAGCAGCUCGGCCUCGCCGGCCGCCAUCUUCUCCCGCAGGACGCCGCUCUCCGCUUCCAUGUUGCCCAGCAGCCUCUGCAGCUCCUCCACCUGCUGGCCUCGCUCCUCUGACUUUUCCUCCGCCUUCUGAAGGCGCUC